AUGGUCGACGAACCAGGCCAGCCCCCGGCCUUGACCACGCUGAGUCUCGCCGAGAAGGCUCACGAGAAGCAGCCCGUCAAUCAGGUCGUGACACCCUUCGAUGUCUCCGGUGGAGUAGACGAACACGGCAAGCUGCUGCCCGUGGACUAUGACAAAUUGGUGCGAGAAUUCGGCGCCACUCCCAUCACGCCCGCUUUGCUGGAGCGAUUCGAGAAAGUUACCGGCCACCGCCCGCACCGCUUCAUGCGCAGAGGCAUUGUCUUCAGCCACCGCGACUUGACUGCCAUUCUGGACCGCUAUGAGAAGGGCCAGCCUUUCUAUCUCUACACGGGCCGGGGACCGAGUAGUGAUAGUAUGCAUGUCGGACACACCGUUCCAUUCGAGUUCACCAAGUGGCUACAGGAUGUAUUCGACGUGCCCCUCGUGAUCAUGAUGACCGACGACGAGAAGUACAUGCACUCCGCCAAGGUCGACGUCGACGACGCCAAGCGAUACACCAAGGCGAAUGUGAAGGACAUUAUUGCAGUUGGAUUCGACAUAAAGAAGACCUUUAUCUUCAGCGACUUUGAUUUCAUCGGCGGGGCAUUCUACGAAAACAUUUGCCGCAUGGCCAAGCGCAUCACGAUCAACCAGGUGCGCGGCACGUUUGGGUUCAAUGACAGCAACAACAUCGGCGAGUUCCACUUCUGCGCGACCCAGUCCGCGACCGCAUUCGCGACGAGUUUCCCGCAAAUCUUCGGCACGGACAGGAAGAAGGUCUCGUCCAUCCCCUGCCUGAUCCCGUGUGCCAUCGACCAAGACCCUUACUUCCGGCAAUGCCGAGAACACGCCGAGAAGAUGAAGUACAAGAAGCCGUCGCUGAUCCACUCUAUCUUCCUGCCCGCGCUACAGGGCCCUGGGUCCAAAAUGUCCGCUAGUGUGGAUAUCUCCGCCAUCUUCAUGAGUGACGCACCGAGUCGCAUCAAGAACAAGAUCAACAAGUACGCUUUCUCCGGUGGACAGGAGACUGCCGAGCUCCACCGUGAACUGGGCGGCAACAGCAAGGUCGAUGUGCCGUUCCAAUACUUGACUUUCUUCCUCGAGGAUGAUGCGGAGCUGGAGAGUAUCCGCAAGUCUUAUGAGAGUGGCGAAUUGAUGACGGGUGAGAUGAAGCAGCGCUGCAUUGCUGAGCUCCAGACGUAUGUCCAGGGCUUCCAGGAGCGCCGCAGCAAGGUGACUGAUGAGCUUGUGGCCGAGUUCAUGCGGCCUCGUGCGCUGGAGUGGAAGGGGAAUCCGAACCCGGUUGUGGCUGAGAAGACCAAGAAAUAG